AAAAUCAUUCAAGAGUAGUAAAAGUAUCAAAGAAGAUAUGAUGAAGAGGUUGAGUAUUACCAUAAUUGUUUCGUUCCUAUAUUUUGUAGCUGACUUUGUUGCAGCUCAACCUGGGGUCCUUGACAUAUCAAAAUUUGGUGGAGCACCAAAUGCAGAUAUUACCGUGGCUUUCACAACUGCUUGGAAUGAAGCAUGUGCAUCAACAACUGCGGCCAAAAUUCUGAUUCCGGCUGGAACAUACAAAAUGGGUUUAUUAGACGUUAAAGGUCCUUGUAAGGCUCCUAUAGAAGUUCAAGUGGAUGGCACAAUUGAAGCACCUAUUAAAAAUGAUGACCUUAAAGGAGCUGAACAAUGGAUCAAGUUUGAUACUAUAGAGUCCUUUACCUUAUCAGGAAAAGGAGUUUUUGAUGGUCAGGGUGCAGAUACAUGGAAACAUGCUCCAAUUGCUUGGAAAGAUACUAAUUCAUCUAAACGUGCAAUGAAUAUUUAUUUUCAUGCUCUCACCAACUCAUUGGUGACUGGAGUUACAUCUAAGGACAGCAAAUAUUUUCAAUUUAUGGUUUUGGCGUGUCGCAAUAUCACAUUUAAUGCCGUCACAGUUAUAGCCCCUGAUGAAAGUCCUAAUACUGAUGGAAUCCACAUAGGAAGAUCAAAUGGUGUUACAAUUACUAAUAGCAACAUUGGUACUGGAGAUGAUUGCAUAUCAUUGGGUGAUGGUAGCGAAAAAGUAACUGUCGAAAAUGUGAAUUGUGGACCUGGACAUGGUAUUAGUGUUGGAAGCCUUGGAAAGUUAACAACUGAAGAGAAUGUAGCAGGUUUAAUAGUUAAGAAUUGUACUCUAACAAAAACUGAAAAUGGUGUGAGGAUUAAGACUUGGCCUGAUGAACCAGGAAAAAUUACUAUUACUGAUAUGCAUUUUGAAGAUAUUACCAUGGUUGAUGUUAUGAACCCUAUCAUCAUUGACCAAGAGUAUUGUCCAUGGAACCAGUGUUCCAAAAAGAAUCCAUCACUAAUAAAGAUAAGCAAAGUUACAUUCAAGAAUAUUAAGGGCACAUCUGGAACAGCAGAAGGAGUGACUAUUAUUUGCAGUAGUGGUGUACCGUGCGAAGGUGUGGAGUUGAAUAAUGUUGAUCUCACAUUCAAUGGAGCCCCAGCAAAAGCUAAAUGUUCUCAUGUCAAACCUUUAGUCAUAGGAAAAGCUCCUAUUUGUGGAGAUUCAGCUUCAGCAUCACCUUUAGCGUCACCAGCUUCAGGUGUAACUUCACCUUCAGCUUCACCAACUUCAAAUCCAGCAUCACCUUCAGCUUCACCAGCUUCAGCUUCAACAUCACCUUCAGCUUCACCGGCUUCAGCUUCAGCAUCACCUUCAGCUUCACCGGCUUAAGAUUCUGAUUCAGAGUCAGCUUCACCAGCUUUAGAUUGAUAAUUUUUUUUCUUAUAAAGAAAGUAAUUUAGGAGAUUAUAGAAACCAUCCCCAUAAUGCGAGGAUAUACUAGUAUAAUCCUGUAUGAAUACAUAACUUGACAUGUGUAUUAGAGCUAUUUUCAUGUUUAUAUGUAUUCUUUCUCAUAU